AUGACCAAACCAAAUACUCUUGGAGAUGAGGAGGAGCAACGAGAGCGUAAGGCACUUCGUUGUGCAGUAAAGACUACGAUAGUUAUUAUUUCUUCAUACUUGGCUUGCAAUAGCGUGAACUUCAUACUAUACUGUAUUGAAAUGUUCAACACCAGCCUUAUACAGGAUGACGAUGGUUACUUCAACGUAUUCUAUGUGGUAGCAGGUGAUUUAGGAACAAACUUGUUUGUCCUCUCAUCUACAAUACGAAUGUUUGUCUACUAUAAAUACAAUCCAACAAUUCGCUCUCAAAUACGAAGUGUCACCCCUUUAGCUAUGUUGUUGUCACAAAAAAAUAUUGAACAUAGAUUACCCGUACCUCACUGA